AUGCUGCUGCGCGUCCUGCCGUCCAUCUACCCCAGAGAAGCAGACGUCCUGCACCGUCACCUGGGGGAGCUGACCGCCCUCAUGCCCCAGCUGCAGCCCCCAGAGCAGCAGCACCUCCUCACUCUCAUUCAGAGGGUGGCUGAGCAGCACCCACUGAUGCUGAGCCCUCACGUGCCUGUCCUGGUCAGCUUCCUCCCAGAGCAGUCCCUGACAGAGGCCGUACUGGGAGCACUGGUGGAGGUGUCCCAGGCCAGCCCCUCCUCUCUGGUCAGCUUCCUGCCCGCGCUCCGGCUCAUGGCUCAUCAAUGCCCCGCUCAUCUGGGACAUGUCUCCAAGAUCUACGGCGCAGUGGGGAUCAUCAGCGAGAGCCAGGCCCACGGCUCACUGGUCUUCCUGGUGUCCGUCCUCGGGAGCCUGGAGCACAGCGUCCACCACACUGUGCUGCAGGAGGUCCGGGCUCUGAGUGACCGCUUCCCUCUGCUGCUGGGCGGCUGCGGCAAAGACAUGUACCGCAUGAGCAACUCCUUCAGCGCCAUGGCCCGAGUGCUGGGGAGGAGGCUGGAGGACCGGCCACAGCCACAGUCCAGGCCGACCACGGAAAGCCCCCUGUCUGUGUAUGGGACGUCCCCAGCACCAGAGCGCAGGCUGGAAGUGAACGUCCAGGGCUUCGGGGACAAACUGGGGCCUGAAGCUGGAGACGCAGAGGGCGCUCCGGGGCCUCAGCGGCGCUACAGCCUGAGCCAAGCCCUACGAGAGGAGCGGCGCGAGAUCCGAUUCAACAGAUCAAAGAGCCUGGCCCUCCAUGUUGUGCGUUCCCGCUCCAUAAGCUCCGACCCGGGAGACGAGGGCGCUGACCCGGACCUCCACCUGGACCCUGUGUGUUUGUCCAGCCCAGAAGAAAACAUGGAGAAAAUCAGAGAGUUCUGUGAAGACGCCCUGAAGAAGAUCCCUGUCCCGGAAGAGUGUGUCAUCGAAGAUUCCAGCCGGGGGUGCGUGGCCAGGUUGUCCUUCUCCUGCCCGCUGAAGGGACACUACUGCCUGUACCCUAAGUCCUGCUUCAGCCUGACGAGCCGGCAGCCGCACCAGUGGAUACACCUCAUGCUGCUCCAUCUACAGAGUAAGUCGAGCGUCCCUCUGUCCUCCCAGCAUGAGUGUGUGCAGAGACUGGCAGCUCUUUGGGAGAAGACGAAGCUAAAGGGGGCUCACAGCUUCACCUUGGCCAUGACACAACACAGCACUCUGCACAGAAAGGACUUCCACAGUCUGCAGACUCAGCUGGAGGAGGUGCGCUUCUUUGACCUGUUCGGGCCGAGCGAGGAGCACCGAGGAUGGCUCUGCUUCAUGUGCAACAACCCAGAGAAGGCCACAGUGGUGAACCAGGACGGACAGCCGCUGAUCGAGGGGAACCUAAAGGAGAAGCAGAUCAGAUGGAGAUUUAUCAAGAGAUGGAAGACGCGCUACUUCACUCUGGCAGGAAACCAACUGCUCUUUCGCAAAGGCGGCAAAUCGAAAGAUGAAAUGGACGACGUUCCCAUAGAACUGAGCAAGGUCCAAAGUGUGAAGGUGGUGGCGAGGAAGCGGCGGGACAGAGCUCUCCCUCGGGCCUUCGAGAUCUUCACCGACAGUAAGACCUACGUGCUCAAAGCUAAGGACGAGAAACACGCAGAGGAGUGGCUGCAGUGCAUCAACGUGGCAGUGGCCCAGGCCCGAGAGAGGGAGCGAGUGGGAGACAGCUCCACCUAUCUGUGA